CCGUGAUGCAAUCAAUGCCUUAUGUAGAAUAUCAGAUUCUUCUUCUUCCUCCAUCGUGAUUAGGGUUUUCGGAUUUUCAUUUUAUCCUCAGUUCUUCCACCCUCGUCAUCUGCAAUUGAUUCUUUCUUCCAAUCGAUAAUUGAAGAACACAACAUUUCAAUUCCUCUCUCGAUUUGUUUUGCAAGUUCGAUAAUCGAAAGUGCCUGGUGAUUCGAUGUUGUGUUUACAUAGGAGUUGUUUGUGAAAAUGAGAAGGCAGGGGCACUAUGGGGAUCCAUCUGCCAACACUUGUGUUGGUGGUAGCCAGAUGCAUCAUAUGGCUGGUCAAAGGGGGGAGGCCAAGUCGGGUAAUUUUGAAGGACGGCUAGAGGCCUUUACUCCACAGAGAGAGAAUCCGUAUGCAAAUUCCAAGCAGGAGGGUCAGGGUCAGUGGAGAUGGGAAAUUGAUGAAGCAAAGAUGUCCAAUUCAAUGGCAUCUCGAAUGUUUAAUGAAGGUCAGGGGGUUGAUGCUUCAAAGUCCUAUUUUCAAGGGCCGAGCCGGAACAACAGUGAUUCCAGAUCUCAGGCUCAUGGAGAAGAUAUGGAUGUUGGGUAUGAAGGAAAUCAUUUAUCACAAUCUUUUGAAGGUCUUGAGCAGAAUUUUCAUGAUGACAUUAUUAAACUCACCAAAGAACAGAAUGACGCUGAAGAUGCAGAAUAUGCCAGACACAGAGAGAAAAUAAAUGCAAUCAAUGCUCAGUAUGAGGAAAAACUGGCAGCACUCCGAGCUCAGCAUAGCAGCCGCAGAGCUGAAUUUCUUCAAAGGGAAUCACAUGCUAGGCAACAGCAGUACCAGCAAAUCAUAAGGGAUCCUUACCCCAGUGGUGGCAUGGCACCCGGAGACCCUCAUGGUUACAACAAUGUGAAUGCUUCAGGUACAGGUGAAGUGCAACGAGGCUAUUCUGCCGAUCACCUUGAUCCUUACCGAGAGAGAGCUCGAUUUCUUGGGGGUGGUAGAGAUCAAGGAUUUGAACCUAGAGGUGAAAUUGCUUAUAUUGACAUAAUUUAUGCUUUGUCAUCUUUUCCAUCUUUUUAUUACACUGUUCAUGGAAAUUAUUGUUUCUUAGCGGUUGUUAUUUAUAUAGAUCAACAUUGGAGGUGCACACCUUUACAUUGGUGUUGUGCAUUAAAACGUAGGACCACUAGGAUAUUUCUUGUUUGUGUUUAUGAAAACCUAUAACAUUGAACACUGUAAUAUAAUCUUCCAUUUAAUUCAACUGCAUAAGGAGAGGAUGAUAUUGCUCGGAUAA